CUGCACUACGGGACCCUGCUGGGCAGCAGAGCUUGUGCCACCAUGGCAGCAGCUGCCUGGGGUACGGGGGUCCUUAAUUCCCUGCUGCACACUGCCAAUACAUUUUCCCUGCCUCUGUGCCAAGGCAAUGCUGUGGAUCAGUUCUUCUGUGAAAUCCCCCAGAUCCUCAAGCUCUCUUGCUCACGCUCCUAUCUCAAAGACAUUUGGCUUCUUAUUGUCAGUGCCUCUUUAGCAUCUGGGUGUUUUGUCUUCAUUGUUGUGUCCUACGUGCAGAUCUUCAGGGCCGUGCUGAGGAUGCCCUCUGAGCAGGGACGGCACAAAGCCUUCUCCACGUGCCUCCCUCACUUGGCUGUGCUCUCCCUGUUCCUCAGCACUGGCAUAUUUGCCUACCUAAAGCCCCCCUCCAUCUCCUCCCCAUUCCUGGAUCUGCUGGUGUCAUUUCUGUACUCAGUGAUGCCUUCAACAGUGAACCCUCUCAUUUACAGUGUUAGAAACAAGGAGCUCAUGUGUUCAAAUUAUUAG